AUGUUAAAAUUCAAAAUUCCCUCAUACUAUGCUUCCUCCUAUUCGCUAUUCUUCAGACCUUUGAUACGGUAUCAAUCCAACUUAGCUAAAGAUGUUUCCACAGGCAACAGCACUGCUCCUAUAACCACUUCAAACCUCACUAGUAUAGCAUCAGCCCCUAAAUUAUCUAUCAAUUCGUCAGAUGUGUCAGCCCAUGAAGAUUUACCAAUCAAUCUAAAAGCUCUUUAUUUUCCUCCAAUAAAACUGCCCGUCAAAUACGGUCACUUGAAAUUAGAUAUCCAACUUCGCUCGUAUGAAGUCAGUUCCUUGGAAUUCUUUGCAGACUUCAUUCAAAGAGUCGCUUUCUAUUUAGGCAUCCCAAUGACUGGUCCCAAACCUUUACCGAAGAGACACGAAACAUGGACCGUGAUUAGGUCCCCUUUCGUUCAUGCCAAAUCAAAGGAAAAUUUCGAAAGAUUCACAUAUAAGAGGUUAUUGAGAUGUUGGGAUACAAACGAUGCAGUUUUGGAACUUCUGUUGGCUUAUAUCUCUAAAUAUUCAAUCGCUGGCGUCGGUGUAAAAUGUAAUUUAUUCAAAAAAGAACCAAUCACCAUUAAAAAUUGGGAUGAAGAUCAUGUGCUGGAAGAAUUAGAUACUAUUCAAGUCAAUCUUCAGACCAACGCCGAAACUGGCGUCGAAUUACAAGGGAAUCAAUCUAACAGCGUGGUUGAUUCAAAGAUAUUAGAAUUAUUAAAUUCCUCCAAAAUCGAAUAA